GAAGUAGACGUAAAUAAAGGAUUUGGACGGUUUAAAAAUAAAAAAUUUAUUGCCACUGUCACCGGCUCACCGCAGCUCCUCCUCCUGUUUGUUGCCACAUUCUUCUUCCACUAUCUUCCCCUUAAUUUAUACACAUUAGAUACGCAGUAUACAUGCCAUUAUGUGAGGGAAUCAGGAAGAAAUUUAGAGAGAAGUGGAAAUGGGUUGCGCCAAUCUGUUCUUCACUGUGGUGAUACUCCUCUCAGCAACCCUCAUCACCUACAACAUCCUCAUCUCACUCAAUGCUUCUGUUAACCAAGAUUUCCCUACCCCUUCAAAAUUGAGAAGAAAUUUCCUCAACUCUAAGGACCCAGUCAUCAAAAUGCCAGUGGAGAAGGAACCCAAGAAGAGGUUGUUCCACACAGCAGUCACUGCUUCUGACUCAAUCUACAACACCUGGCAGUGCAGGGUCAUGUAUUACUGGUUCAAGAAGUUCAAGGAUGGGCCUAAUUCUGAGAUGGGUGGUUUUACAAGGAUCUUGCACUCUGGAAAACCUGAUAGGUUCAUGGAUGAGAUCCCCACUUUUGUUGCCCAACCCCUUCCAUCUGGUAUGGAUCAGGGUUAUGUAGUCCUUAACAGACCUUGGGCAUUUGUACAAUGGCUUCAACAAGCAAGUAUCGAAGAAGAUUACAUACUAAUGGCAGAGCCAGAUCAUGUCAUUGUCAAACCCAUCCCUAACUUAUCUAGAAGUGGUCUUGGAGCUGCAUAUCCUUUCUUUUACAUUGAGCCAAAAAAGUUUGAAUCGACUCUUCAGAAGUUCUUCCCCGAGGAGAAGGGCUCGAUAGAUGACAUUGAUCCAAUUGGAAACUCCCCUGUCAUUGUUGAGAAGGUGCUUUUGGAAAAGAUAGCUCCGACAUGGAUGAACGUUUCGUUGGCAAUGAAGAAGGACCCUGAAGCUGAUAAAGCUUUUGGUUGGGUACUUGAGAUGUAUGCAUAUGCUGUUUCAUCUGCAUUGCAUAAUGUGGGCAACAUCUUAUACAAAGAAUUCAUGAUUCAGCCUCCUUUUGAUACACAAAUUGGCAAGGCAUACAUAAUUCAUUUCACUUAUGGAUGUGACUAUGAUAUGGAGGGGAAGUUGACCUACGGAAAAAUUGGAGAAUGGAGAUUUGACAAAAGAGCAUAUGGUAAUAUAUGGCCUCCAAGAAACCUCACACUUCCACCACCUGGUGUCCCUGAGAGUGUGGUUACACUGGUGAAGAUGGUAAAUGAAGCCUCUGCUAAUAUUCCAAACUGGGGUUCAUAAAGGUGUAUUACGUCAAAGCUGCACUCUGCUAUCAGAAGGGACGAAGGGCUAUAGUCUUAUACAGGUGUGUGCUUCAAGAGUGCAGUCUCGGAAACAAAACUCAUUCUCGACACCAUCUGAGGGGACUAGAAAACCUUACAGCAUCCAAUACUAAGUAGAUCUUCAAUCUUGUCCCUGUUGUAGUAUUAUACGAUGCAGAUGCACAGAACUUUCAUUAGUUGCCAUAUUGUGUAUCCGCCUGCUCAAACAUUCUCAAAUAAACAUAAUAAUGAAUCAAAUAUUGUAUUGGCAUACCUUUGGAUAUCCUUAUAACCAC